AUGAAACUUAAGUCCACUGGAAUCAAUCAGAUCACUCAUGGGAGCAUCAUAAACAAGCCUACUGAGGAAGUGAGUACUGCAUUGGUUGAAUAGUUCUUGGGGGGGGUGGGGGGGGGGGUAUAUAUAAUCCAUCUAGCAUUACACACACACACACACCACAUCAGGGUCACCUGCACUUAGUAUAGCAACACCAAAAUGACUUAUGAUGAGGUGAGUCUUGCUAACUGAAUGCAUUACAUCCAUGCAAGUCUGAGCACAUUAUUAUUGUAAGUGCUGAUUGCUUCCAGAGACAAAAAUGUAGUUUUACCAUAUCUGGUUGUUCUGGUUCUUGUGUUAACAGGAUAAAAAUAUCAUUUUCCAUUUAAUGUUAUUUUUUUAAAAUGUAAAGUAAGGUGCACUGUAUUCCAUUACUUCAGAAAAUUUAAAUCUAUUGAAAUGAAACGGUCAUAUUCAAUUGGUUCGUUUAUUGUAAUGGUGUUGACAGAAUAAAUGCUGUUUUAAAUCCCUGUAUUAAUAUUUGUAAAAAAUCUGUACAAAGAACCACUUAGAUUUUGACCAUGGCUAAAAAAAGGGCUACUUCGUAACAACAGCAUAGAGCAAUGCAUGUUUGAUUGAAUAGCAUCCUCAGAUGGGUGAAUUGGUUACAGAUGCCUGAUCACAGAAUCACAGAUCCAUGUACUACUUACUGUAAGAGGAAGUGAAAAAGGUCUGCUCUCCUCUCUAUUUCCUGUCUAUUUGUGUUACAUCUCCUCAGAGAGGAAAUACAUACACAGAUGUCCUCUCCUUUAUACUGCUGGGCUUUCCCACCUCUAUUCACUACACUUGUCCGCACCAAUUAAAAGCAAUUAAGACACAAAACAUUUUAUAUUGAAACAACAUCAAAGAGCUACAAUGGACGUUGACAGGAUAUCAGGACAUCAACCUGCGAGGUGUAAAGUAAAAGUACAUGUAUCAAUAUACAAAAUAAAUACCACUUUCACCAGCAAAACAUGAUUUUCAACCUCUUUUUCAGGUUUCAUUUGAGGACGGGGUCCUUUUCUUAGACUUUGAUAACUACUCAGAGCCGCUGGAGAGUCCUAACAACAGUAGUAGUGAUACUGAGUACACCUGUUAUGACAGUGCAGGUCUCCAGCUGUUUCAUACUGUGUUCCAACCCCUGGUCUACAGCCUGGUGUUCCUUCUGGGCCUGACAGGUACACACACACACACACGCACACGCACACGCGCACACGCACGCACGCACACAUACACACGCACACAUACACACACACACACACGCACACGCACACGCGCACACGCACGCACGCACACACACACACACACACACGCACACACGCACACACACGCACACACACACGCGCACACGCACGCACACAUACACACGCACACAUGCACGUGCACACACACGCACACGCACACAUACACACGCACGUGCACACACACACACACGCACACACACACACACACACGCGCGCAUAUUCCACCUGGUAACGGUCUUCAUGUGUUAUAUCUUAUGGGUCAUAUUCCACCUGGUAACGGUCUUCAUGUGUUAUAUCUUAUGGCUCAUAUUCCACCUGGUAACGGUCUUCAUGUGUUAUAUAUUAUGGGUCAUAUUCCACCUGGUAACGGUCUUCAUGUGUUAUAUCUUAUGGCUCAUAUUCCACCUGGUAACGGUCUUCAUGUGUUAUAUCUUAUGGGUCAUAUUCCACCAGGUAACGGUCUGAUGUUGACGGUGCUGCUGAAACGCCGCGGCCUCCUGAGGAUCACAGAGAUCUACCUGUUACACCUGGGCCUGGCAGAUCUGAUGCUGCUAGCCACCUUCCCCUUCGCACUGGCACAGGUGUCCUUAGGGGUGGUGUUCGGAGACGUCCUGUGUAAGCUGAUUGGGCUGUUGAACCGACUCAACUUCCUUUGUGGGAGUCUCCUCCUGGCGUGUAUUGGCUUCGACCGUUACCUGGCCAUCGUGCACGCCAUCCCCAGCCUCCAGAGCCGACGCCCUAGGAACAUACACCUUACCUGCCUGGCUCUGUGGCUCCUCUGUCUGGCCCUGUCUGCCCCCAACGCGGUGUUCCUGUCUGUAGGGGAGAGUCCCAUAGACCCGGCACAGCUCUCAUGCUUCUUCCACAGUCACGGUCUCCAUGCCAACAACUGGGAUCUGACGGUGGGUCCCCCUCAAACGGCUCAACACUUAAUUUCGCUGAUCCAGUUAUUUUGUUGGCUUGUGUGACCUGGAUGGAGCGCAAGCUGGUGAAACCCAUUCUCCUGCAUAGCAUGGAAUCUCUCUGCCAGAGACAGGAAGUUAGACCGUUAAAUGUAAAGAACAGAUGCAGUUGUCAGACUUAGCCAGUAGGUGUCUUCAAAUAACCACGUACGUAGGCAUUUCCUUGGCUGCAUCCCAAAUGGCACCCUAUUCCCUAUUUAGUGCCCAUAGGACUGUGGUCAAAAGUAGUGCAUUAUAUGGGGAAUAGGGUGCAAUUUAGGAUGGAUCACUGGUGUCUCAAUCUAGUGGGAACUCAAUAAACUAAGGGAUGUAUUUGUACCUCUGUUCCAGGAGCGGCUCCUGACCCAUGUGCUGUGUUUCUUCCUGCCUCUCGGGGUCAUGACGUACUGCUACACUGCGGUGGUGGUCACCCUGCACCAUAGCCAGAGAGGUCAGCGCAGCCUGGAGAAACAGGGAGCCAUCAAGCUGGCUGCACUAGUCACUGCUGUGUUCUGUCUGUGCUGGCUGCCCUACAACCUCACCAUGCUGGUGUGAACUGAUUCAUUCAUUUAUUGAUUCAUUGAUUGAUUUAAUUUAUUUCAUGAUAAAAAAAAAAAAUGUAGUCAGACUGUAGUCAAGAACAUGCAGAACAUGCUGUUUUUUAAAUCAACGAUAACACAAAGUUACUGCCUGUGUAUGAAAUGGUCCCCUAUUCCCUAUAUAGUGCACGACUUUUGACCAGAGCCCUCUGCCCUAUAAUACAAUACAAAGUACAUAGAACUAUAUAGUGGCCCUGUGUUACAGGAGGGGGUCGCAGUUCCAGAGCGACCCACUAGGUGUCAUCCUCACUCACAGUCGGGACUAAUCAUCUUCCUAUUGGUGUCACCUGUGUCUAUCUGAUUCACCUGUGUAUUUAUGCCCUCACUUCCCUGUGUUCCCUUGCUCAGUUUUCUCUGCUAGUUUCACUAUGCCAAGCAGUACUAAUCAGUGUCUGAUCGCGGGACGUAUGGACAGGUACGUGAGAAGUGUUCUCCCUGUUUAUUUAUUAUUUCAGUCAUAGUCGUAUUUUUGGCUGUCUGCCUGUUUUUUGGAGUCUUAUUCGCUCCACCUUUCUUUUUCGUGUAAAGUCCGUUAUUUUGUAUCCUGGCUUCGGGACCAUCAGUAAAGUUCCUUGUUUCACCAUCUCUGCCUACUGCCUACUGUCUAUCCUGCACCGCACCUGGGUCACACCUCACACCAACCCUUACAGAAAACUGAGCCACUAUGGACCCAGCGGAGGCAGCACAGUAUCAUAGCGCAUUGGCAACGCAGGGAGCCAUGCUGAACCAGCACGACCGCAGCCUGCAGCAGAUCACCGAGAGUCUCCGCCAGCUGACGAUCGCCGUGCAGAGCCGGGUGGACACCCGACCAGCACCGGCAGCCGGCGGAGCGGAAGCCGCAGCGUCUCCAGUCUCGCCUGCGACAUCGCGGGAACCCCGCCUACCACCUCCAGAGAUGUACGAUGGACGUCCAGAUUCCUCACCCAGUGUUCCCUGGGUAGGACCGGGUGGCCUACAUUAUCACUCUGUUGACGGGUCGGGCCCUUUCCUGGGCUACCGCAGAGUGGGAGAGCCAAACUCCGGCGUGCUCUGAUUCCUACCUAUUCCCCCCCGGGAGCUACCCAAGGUGUUCGACACCUCUCGGGUGGUGUCGGGGCAUGAGGUCCGAGAGGCGGCUCACGGCCUGUCGGCAGGGUGACUGUUCGGUGGCGGACUACUAUGUGGAGUUCCGAACCCGGGCUCGAGAGGCAGGAUGGGAGGAGGCCGCCCUGAUCGUCCUUUACACUGUUACCGUGCGUGUCCGGGCUAUGGGAGGGGCUAUGGGAGGAUAUCCAGUUUUUCAUUGUGGACUCUCCGGAGUGUCCCCUCGUCCUCGGGCACCCCUGGCUGGUCACCCACAAACCCCGGAUAGACUGGUCCACUGGGCGGCUCAUCCUAGAGGGAGGCCCGCCCCCGUCCUGUUCCGGUCUCCACCGACCACUCAUCAGCCCAAACCCCCGUCCCAGACCACCUACCAAUCCUCACCUCUUCCCCAGGUCCCACACUCCGAACCGUCUACUGCCCUAGCGGUGGUUGCCACCGGGAGGACGGCGGCUACAGACUCCGUCACCGGCCCACACCUGGCAGGCGUUCCCCGGGAGUAUUGGGAUCUGGGGGAGGUGUUUAGUAAGAGGCGUGCCAAGGGCCUACCUCCUCACAGGCCAUACGACCGUGCUAUCGAUCUCCUGCCGGGCGCCAUUCCCACACGAGGGCGAUUGUUUAUCAUGUCCCGGCCGGAGACACUGGCCAUGAGGGAGUAUAUCGACGAGGCACUCUACCUCACCCGCAGGUGCGGGCUUCUUCUUAUUGGGGAAAAAGGACGGUGGGCAGCGGCCGUGCAUUGAAUACCGGGCGCUCAACAACAUCACUGUUAAGAACCGUUACCCACUCCCCCUGAUGACGAAGGCAUUCGAGUCGUUGCAGGGAGCCCGGGUCUUCACCAAGCUGGACUUACGUAAUGCCUACAACCUGGUGAGGAUUUGGGAGGUGGACGAGUGGAAGACUACGUUUAACACACCCAGUGGGCAUUACGAGUACCAAGUCAUUCCGUUUGGUCUAGCCAACGCACCUGCGGUGUUCCAGGUGUUGGUCAAUGAUGUGCUCCGGGACCUCCUCGACUACAGCGUCUUCGUGUAUUUGGAUGAUAUCCUCAUAAUUUUGAAGGACAUGAGUGAACACCAGCAGCACGUUCUGCAGGUCCUCCAACGCCUUCUCCGUCACCAGCUCUACGUCAAGGCGGAGAAGUGUGUGUUCCACACUGAGACAGUCUCCUUCCUGGGGUUCAUCGUCACCCAGUAGGACCUACGGAUGGACCCAGCCAAGAUCAGCGCGGUACUGCAUUGGCCCUCAUCGCUCAAGCAACUACAACGGUUUUUAGGGUUCGCUAAUUUUUAUAGGCGAUUAAUUCGCAAUUUUAGCUCCCUAAAUGCUCCCCUGACAGCCCUCACCCAGACGAGCGUAUGCUCCUUCACCUGGACCCUGGAAGCGGGGAACGCAUUUGAUGCGCUGAAGCGGUGCAUUACAUCGGCCCCGGUCCUCGGGCAUCCUGAUCCGUCCCUGCCGUUCAUUGUGGAGGUCGAUGCUUCAGACGUUGCGGUCGGAGCAAUCCUGUCCCAGCGUUAAGACUCACCCCUGCACAUUUUUCUCCCAUCGGCUGUCCCCGGCGGAGCGGAAUUACGACGUAGGGAACCGUGAGCUGCUAGCGGUCAAGCUCGCCCUGGGGGAGUGGAGGCAUUGGCUAGAGGGGGCCGCCCAUCCAUUUGUCGUAUGGACUGACCAUAAGAACUUAGCUAGGGGGCCAAGAGGCUCAACUCGUGCCAGGCCAGGUGGGCGUUGUUCUUCACCAGGUUCCGGUUCACCAUCUCAUACCGUGGACCUGGUGGAGAGGGAUGACCCCAUUGUCCCCAACGCCCUGAUUGCUGCCCCAGUUUCGUGGGGAGUCGAUAGGCUGGUCAGAGCAGCGCUACAGCGGGAGCCCGAUCCGGGCGGCUGUCUAUCGGGGAGGAUGUACGUACCCAAGGCUGCGCGCUCACGACUGCUUCAGUGGGCGCACGCGUCCGAUCUCACCAGCCAUCUGGGGGACGCCUGGACGUUGGAGUUCCUGUGUAGGAGGUUCUGGUGGCCAUCUGCUGAGGGGGAUACGCGCGCCUUCAUGGCUGCUUGCUCGGUGUGCGUGCGCACGAAGAGCUCACGUCAGCCCGCAGCAGGGCUGCUCCGACCCCUGCCUAUCUCCAAGUGCCCCUGGUCCCACAUCUCGCUGGAUAUCAUUUCCGCCCUACCCCCCUCUGAUGGAUACACAGUCAUCAUGGUCGUUGUGGACCGGUUCUCGAAGGCUGCCCACUUCAUUCCCCUUCCCAAACUCCCGUCGGCCUGGGAGACGGCUAAGUUGAUGGUGCAGCAUAUUUUCCAGGUCCAUGGCCUUCCCCAAGAUGUGGUGUCGGAUCGGGUGGCUCUCAGUUUGCCUCCAGGUUCUGGAAGGUCUUUCGCCCGGGACAGAGGGUGUGGCCUUCCACGUGGGAUUUUCCCCCGCGUGGAGUCCAGGAAGCUGUCCCCCCGGUUCGUCGGGCCAUUCAGUGUGGUCCGGCGAGUCAACCCAGUGACCUAUCGCCUGAACUUCCCCCCACCAUGCGGGUGCAUCCCACAUUCCAUGUGUCCCUCCUCAAGCCCGUCUCCACCUGUCCGCUGGCUCCCCCUCCUCGUCCUGUUCCCCCGCUGCGCCUCGUCAUGGGACAGCCGGCUUUUACUGUGGACCGGAUCCUGGACUGCCGGCGGGUGGGGAGGGGGCACUGUUACAGGAGGGGGUCGCAAUUCCGGAGCGACCCACUAGGUGUCAUCCUCCGACAACCUUCGGCACCUCCUCACUCACAGUCGGGACUAAUCAUCUUCCUAUUGAUCUCACCUGUGUCUAUCUGAUUCACCUGUGUAUUUAUGCCCUCACUUCCCUGUGUUCACUUGCUCAGUUUUCUCUGCUAGUUUCACUAUGCCAAGCAGUACUAAUCAGUGUCUGAUCGCGUGACGUGUGGACAGGUACGUGAGAAGUGUUCUCCCUGUUUAUUUAUUAUUUCAGUCAUAGUCGUAUUUUUGUCUGUCAGCCUGUUUUUUUUAGUCUUAUUUGCUUCGCCUUUCUUUUUCGUGUAAAGUCCGUUAUUUUGUAUCCUGGCUUCAGGACCAUCAGUAAAGUUCCUUGUUUCACCAUCUCUGCCUACUCUCUAACCUGCACCGCACCUGGGUCACACCUCACACCAACCCUUACAGCCCUGGUCAAAUAAGUGCAUUAUAAACUGUAGGGAACAGGGUGCCAUUGACUUCUCUCCACUGUGACGUUUAGGUGAAGACCCUGGUGGAUCUGGGGUUGGUCUCUGGUUUGAGCUGCCUGUCCCGGACCAGUCUGGACCAGGCCUUGGUGGUGACAGAGAGCCUGGGGUACACACACUGCUGCCUCAACCCGUUGCUGUACGCCUUCGCUGGGGUGCGGUUCCGCCAGGACCUCCUGAGGCUGCUGGCCCACUGA